GCUGCCGCACUUCGUUACUCAACACUGGCCGAGCGCUGUGUCGUCGCAAAAAACAGGGACGGUGAAAAAGAAGAGGGAAUUUAUUUUGUUUUGACCUGGAGCGCUCGAGUAAUGGCCGGAUUACUUCACCUGACCAAGCAGUGCAGCGUUCAUAUACCCGCCCAGUACUGCCGCAUCCGAUGCUACAAGCUAGUCGCCUCCAAAGGAAGCCACGUGCAGGCACGAGUGCUCUUUUCUUCUGUGGCAAAGUUGGAUGACCAGAAUAGCAGCGAUGCCAAUGCCACGCGGAAGAAGAUCACCCCCUUCACGCCCACACCGGGUAGUAAGUUGCUGGGCGGAGUGUUCGGCAAGAAGGCGAAAGGUGCAGUCCCAGCAGCAGCGGCGGCAACAACAACAAAUACAACAACAACAACAGCGCUACAGUGGCCACGCCCACAACAUAAACCUCACCAGCAACAACUACAACAAUCUCGACAAUGUCACGUUCAUAUAGGGGGCGGCAGCGAUGGCGGAUCUGGACUGGGUAAGCUGGACGCACCGGAGGUCACAUCCAAGGACAUGCUACGAGCUAUGAUGGCCUACAUCUGGCCCAAAGAGGAUCCUAUGGUGCGAAAGCGCGUUGGCAUUUCCUUGGGUCUCUUGGCUGGCUCCAAGCUGUUGACGGUCUGCGUUCCCUUCAUGUUCAAGGGAGCCGUGGACACGAUGACCACCCUGAACAUGGACACUGCCCCGGAUGCAGUUCUCUCUACAGCCACUGCCUUGCUGUUAGGAUAUGGCAUUGCUCGAGCCAGUGCAGCGGGUUUCAAUGAACUCCGCAACGCUGUGUUUGCCAAGGUAGCCCACCACUCUAUCAGAAAGAUUGCCAGCAAUGUGUUCCUGCAUCUGCACAACCUAGAUUUGGCCUUCCACCUCAAUAAACAGACAGGAGCUCUGUCCAAGACGAUCGAUCGCGGUUCCAGGGGCAUUAACUUUGUGCUCUCCGCCAUGGUUUUUAAUAUUGUGCCUACGAUUUUCGAACUGGCUCUCGUGUCCAGUAUUCUGGGAUUCAAAUGCGGAUUGGCCUUCGCCGGUGUCAGCAUGGGUUGUGUGGGCAUCUAUGCCGCCUACACCCUGAGCGUAACUCAGUGGCGCACUCGGUUCCGGGUUUAUAUGAACCAGGCAGAGAACGAGGCGGGCAACAAGGCCGUGGACUCGUUGAUCAACUACGAGACCGUGAAAUACUUCAACAACGAAAAAUACGAAGCCGGCUGCUACAACGAGGUGCUGAAAAAAUACGAGGCUGCCAGUCUGAAGACCAGCUCUAGUCUGGCGCUUCUCAACUUCGGACAAAAUGCCAUCUUCAGCAGUGCUCUGAGUCUUAUCAUGGUUCUCGCAGCCAAGGAGAUUGCCCAGGGCAACAUGACGGUGGGUGAUCUGGUCAUGGUAAACGGACUGCUCUUCCAGCUCUCCAUUCCGCUGGGUUUUCUGGGCAGCGUCUACCGGGAAGUGCGACAGGCUCUGUUGGACAUGCAGGCCAUGUUCACACUGAUGAACGUGGACAGUCGCAUCCAGACAGCGACCAAUGCCCAGCCACUGUUCGUGGACAACAGCAAUUCGUCGAUUGAGUUCCGCAACGUCAGCUUCGAGUAUGAGCCGGGAAAGCCUAUUUUCAAGGAUUUGUCAUUUACCAUUCCGGCUGGAAAGAAUGUGGCUAUCGUGGGUGGCUCUGGCUCCGGAAAGUCAUCGAUGGUGCGACUGCUGUUCCGCUUUUUUGAACCCAACUCUGGCAAGGUUUUGAUCGGUGGCCAGGACAUCAGCGGUGUGGAGUUAGAGAGUCUGCGCAAGGCGAUUGCUGUGGUGCCACAGGACUCUGUGCUGUUCCACAAUACCAUCGAGCACAAUAUCCACUACGGAAACCUGACCAAGUCACAUGCGGAUGUGCAGAAUGCGGCCCGCAUGGCAGACCUUCAUGAGUCGAUCAUGAGCUGGCCGGCAAAGUAUGCCACCCAGGUGGGUGAGCGGGGAUUGAAGCUAUCUGGAGGCGAGAAACAGCGAGUGGCUAUCGCCAGAGCCAUCCUCAAGAACACACCCAUCCUGAUUUUCGACGAGGCUACCAGUAGUUUGGACUCGAUUACCGAACAUAACAUCCUCCAAGCCUUGACCCGCGCCACCUCUGGUCGCACCAGCAUUUGCAUUGCCCACCGCCUUUCCACGGUGAAGGAUGCCGACGAGAUCCUGGUUCUGGAGAACGGAGCCGUUGGCGAGCGCGGCACCCACGCAGAGUUGUUGCAGCAGAACGGAUUGUACGCCCGCCUUUGGGAAACACAAACCCAGCAAUUCGACCCGAACCGAUCGAGCAAGGAAGCAGGGUCCCAGAAGGCACGAGUGGCGGCGUAGACGAGGCUAUCUGUUUAUGUGUCCCUGCGUGUUUUAUUUUCAAAAAUUUCCCUUCUUUCCCUACCCUCUCCCCAUGUCCUGUUUACUCCUUUUUUCGGCUAUCCUUAAAUUCACCGUAGAAUCCUUCCGAUCCGGAGAUUCGCUAUGAUUAGGUUUAAAGUAUCUUUGUGACGUUUGUAAAUACAGUUGUAGAUAUGCGAUAAGAAAAAAUAUCAGGGAUUGUGGUACAACA